CGGAAAGGGUCGUGGAUCCGGAUUCGAACCCAGCGCGAUCUUGGAAGCGUCAAAGUUGAAAAAUGAACGUGCUAGGAGGAUUGGCGGUCACGGCAGCCGUCGCGCUGGCGCUCGCUGUGGGCGACGACGCGAAGGGCGUCGAGUUCAACCCGCACAAGAUCCCGUUCUUGCCCAACUACAACGACCCGCGCCCGAUCGACUUUGACCAGUACGCCGGCCACUUGCCUCUGCCAUCGAACGGCCAAAAGAUGUUUUACUGGCUCGUCGAGUCCGAGAACGACCCGGCGAACGACCCGCUCGUGCUCUGGCUCAACGGUGGCCCCGGCUGCUCGUCGCUCGCGGGCCUCUUCACGGAGCUCGGCCCGUUCGUCGUCGAAGGCGACCUCAGCGUCGUGCGCAACACGUAUGCGUGGAACCGCAAGGCGAAUCUUCUCUUCCUCGAGUCGCCGGCCGGUGUCGGCUUUAGCCAGCCGCUGCUCAAUGCGUCCGACUACAACGACCCGCACACGGCCGCGCGCGCCUACGAGUUCCUCGUCGAGUUCUUCACCAAGUACUCGGCGUACUAUGAGCGCGAUUUUUACAUCAUGGGCGAGAGCUACGCCGGUCGGUACAUUCCGUUCCUACUGCACCAGCUCGUGACGACGCCAAUUCCGCUCGUGCACCUCAAGGGGUUUGCGAUCGGGAACCCCGCCACCGACGACAAGAUUGACGGCAACGCGUACAUGGACUACUACUACACGCACGCGAUGAUUUCCCGCGAAAACUACCUCUCCAUGGUCGCCAACUGCGCCGGCGAGCAGCUCAAAAUGUGCAUGCGGUCGCCGAACAGCUGCACGCCGCAGUGCCGAGACGCGCUUCGCGUCGGUAUCAUGUCGGCCAACAAGCAGCAGUUCAACCCGUACAAUAUCUACGGCGACGUGUGCCUCCUCCCCAACAGCCAAGGCGAGACUUUGCACUACCACUCUGUCGAGCCUUCGCGCGGCGACAUUGGGCCGUGCCAGGACAAGUUUACCCAGAGCUACCUCCAGCUGCACUCUGUCCAGGAGGUGCUGCACGUCACGGGCCGCCACGUCGCGUGGGCCGACUGCAACCACAACGUGACGCGGCUCUACUCCCGAAGCAUCUCGGCACUGCCGCUCUACCCAAAGAUUCUCUCGGCCGGGCUCAAGGCGCUCAUCUACAGCGGCGACGCCGACUCGGUCGUCAACUUUAUGGGCACCGAGCGCUGGAUCGCCGACGAAGGCUUGAACUUGAGCGUCGUGACACCGUGGGCUGCGUGGAUCGGCCCCGACAAGCAGCUCGCGGGCUACACGCAGCGGUACGAGAACUUGACGUUCACGACGGUCAAGGGCGCGGGCCACAUGGUCGCUGCUGUUCGCCCGCUUCGUGCGCUCUACCUCUUCGAGUGCUUUGUCUUUGGCCAAGAGGCCUGCGACAGCUUCUUGUACCCGACGGACCGCCACGAGUACCUCAGCGGCGAGCACAAUGGCAUGCCGCUCAUUCGUCUCUCGUCGUCCAAGUCUCGGUCGUCGACGGUCGCUGCGACCGGCGAGGAUGGUAGCAUCGGCAUCGCCCAUGUCGCUGCGAUGGCGAGCGUCGCCCUCGUCGUCGUCGCCACCGUGCUGCGCAUGUACGUUCUGCGCCACCGCCGGUACCGGUACCAAAAGUUGUAAUCAACAAGGACACGUUGUGUACAGCAAC